GGAACGGCGAAGGCCCCGCGGACAGAGGGAUCAGGCAAGCCGCAGUCGGCGUGUACAAUAUUCCGCGGUUAAUAAUGGGGUGGAUGACGGAUGAUGAAAACCAACCACAGCGCGCGUCACUUGCUGACAGAGUCAGAACUGAAGUGAGCGGUUGACUGAUGGUAGAACCAGCCAAUCAGCAACGGGUACGUGCUGCUGGUGCAACCCCUCCCCCCUGCAGUGAUUGGUGAAGCCGACGAGUCACCGGGAAGCUUCAAAUUUGACGUCAUAACAGACGAGGCGCGCGGUCAUGACUGACUGACAGCGGAACUAACCAAUUGUAACCUGGACGUUUACGAAUAGGACGAAUCGCGUCAGGGAAUCUGCUCUGGGGGCGGGUUUGGGAGAGAGCCGCGAAGAAUGGAAUCCGCCAGGUUCAAGAAAGAAUUGAUCAGUAAGUUGUUGUACUUCUAUUUUACAGACCAGAAAACAAAAGUCAGUGGUGAUGCUGUCAUCAUUAUGUGUGAAAUGAUAAAGCUAUUUGUUCUUGAAGCGGCAGCUCGAACGGCCAGGCAGGCUUCCUCUGAAAACUCUAAGGCAGCAGAGAUUGACCAUUUUGAGAAGGUUUUGCCCCAGCUGCUGCUGGAUUUCUAGGAUCUGAUGCUUCCAGCAGGUGGUGCUGAUUCUACAGCACAGAAAUACAAACAGCUUGGAAACAGGGGCUCUUUUGGCCCACCUCAAACCUUUACAUCAAAACAAGAUUGUCAAACUACAGAAACUACUAUCGCCACUUGUAGUACUGAGAUGAUUGUUCUUCCCGGGUUAAAUUUAAUGUAUAUCUUAUGUUGUGUUUAUUCAUUAAUAUAUUCAUAAAUAUAUCUGCUCAAAUCUAUUUUCCUUUUGUGUAUUUUGAAGGAGCAAUAUUGUACCACAACAGAACAGAAUGGAUAUUCUUGUCUUUAAACUAUAGAGUUUCAAACUGUCGUUCCCAGGUGGAUCAACUUCUUUUAAAUAAAGGUACUGUCUUAAGUCAAUGGGUUAAAAAAAGCUUUGAAGACCAGCCAAAAUUCAAGAAACGCUAAUUCAUAGUGUGUUAAGCAUUCAAAGACUUGAGAACUCAAGGUUCACAGUACAUGAAACCAUUAAAGCUGGAAAAGAAGACUAAGUAAAUAAUCUGGA